AUGUCGCAGAGAGCCUCCGUCCGAACUUACGGCAAAAGGGCCAGGAAGCCUCAGCCCGGGAAGGCUUUGGCGGAACUGGACGUGAAUGUCUCAAUGAGCACAACCACAUCCAAGAGCACGGAUUCAGACGACACCAUCACCAAAAUCACGAAAAAGCUCAAAGACGUCACAAUCCACGAUGGCAAGAAGACCAAGUCCUCAACGAAACACAAGCUUGUCCUGCCGAUUCCCGAGUCGGCGUCACUGCCGCCACAGACCCCCAAAAGACCACGCCAGCAGGAUGAGCCAAGCCUGAGUCUUACGUCUCUGGAAAUUCAAGAGGACUCCCAAAGCCUUACCUGGGAGGAUGUUUGUCCUUUCGGCGACCGGAUCGAGAAGAUUGCAGAGGCAUCUUAUGCGGAAGUCUACCGGAUCACCAACGACCGAGGAACCAGCAUCAUCAAAGUGAUCCGUCUGGACUCUCCAAUCAAGCCUCAGACAAAGGUUCAGCAGAAGUCUGGCCUCGUCGAUGAGGAUCCUCACAGCGAAGAUGAUCUCGCAGGAGAGCUGCAAAUCUCGGAGCUCUUGGCAGAUAUUCCAGGAUUUGUGAUCUACAAGGAGAAAUACACCGUUCAGGGCAAGACCACGGCAGCUCUUUUAGAGACACAUCAAACCUUCCACAAAAAGAUGAAGCGCAAGGAUCCAGAUCGCUUGCAGUUCUAUCCGUCCCCAAGCCGGUACUUGAAUGACACCAAGUUCCUCGUCGUGGAGUUAGGCGAUGCCGGAACUGCUCUCGAGGACUUGGAGAUUGUCUCAAUAGAUCAAAUCUGGGACAUUUUCCUGCACGUUGCAGUUGCUCUUGCACGGGCGGAGAACUUGGUGAGGUUUGAGCAUCGAGAUCUGCACGAAGGAAAUGUGUGCAUCCGUGAAGUCAGGAGCGCAAAAGCGAAAAUGGACAAGUCUCCAUGUCGAUUUGGAUACUCGGGACUGGACGUGACCAUUUUGGACUAUGGCCUGUCGCGGGCAGAAAAUGUCGAAGACAUCUCCGCACGUCCAAUCGCCCAGGACCUGGAGAAAGACCUAAGCCUGUUCACCAGCACCCACGCAGCACAGUGCAAAGUGUACCGGCAGAUGCGGUCAUAUCUGCUGAAAGGCGACCGCGUCUGCCUACCACCCAAAUCACACAACAAGCCCUACGAGAAGGGAGUCAACGGGCCAGUGUCAUGGAAGCAGCACCAUUCGUACACCAACGUCCUAUGGUUGUCGUAUCUCUACGAAUACCUUGUUAAGAACUUCAAAGGCGGCAAAAAGGACUUGACAUUGUUCCGACGAGACUCACAAGAAUUCUGGACGCACCUCAACCCCGAAGCCCCUCCAGAAAUUCUGUCAUUCUCGAGCGCCGAGGAUGUCGUCGAGUUCGCAGUUGAGGCUGGCUGGAUAGAAGAAGACCAGCUCAUCGGCCCGAAUGGCGACACCAGCUUGUCUCAGAUUGGGGACGAGAGCAUAAUAGAAAUACGGUCGUCCCGAAGAGACGAGGUGAGUCUUAGGAGAUCGCCGAGGCGACGUGCUCAGCCUCCUGUGGACUGA